GCUUUGGGGCUUCCAUGUUACAACAUGGACAAAGGGCAGGGUAAAAGUUUCUUAGUUAAUGUAAGAAGGAGGUUGGCACGAAGUGUGCGGACCAGUGGCCAGCAGUGAUUCGAAGGAAGGGCAGGAUUACCUAUCCAAGCACCAACCCACACUAUUUCUCAGCUCUGGAAAUUCCAAUGUACCCCUCUCCUAUUUCAAAUAUUCGUAGUCAGAGUGAAAGUUAUAGUUUAAAGAUGCUAAAAUCAGUGAUAAGGAUAAAGGUCUCUUGAAACAUAAAAGCAAAUUAUUUGGCCUGGAGAAAACGUUGGUUUGUGCUGCGUAGUGGGCGAUUGAGUGGCAAUCCAGAUGUCCUUGAAUACUACAAAAACCAUCACUCCAAGAAACCACUGCGCAUGAUAAACCUCACCGAAUGCAAUAAUAUUGAAGCUGGGCUGAAGCUUAGUAAAAAAGAAUUCCAGAACAAUUACAUUUUUGAAGUGAAGACUCUAGCUCGGACAUUCUACUUGGUAGCUAAAACUGAGGAUGAAAUGAAUAAAUGGGUGCAGCACAUCAGACAGAUCUGCGGGUUUAGCUUAAGUGAUGAUGGAUCAGAUUCCCUUGGCAGUUCUUCUCCAACUACCUCCUCAUCACUCCAACCAUCUCCUGCUGUUUCAACUCAUACACAGCAGUCAGCGAGUAGAGACCAGUUUCCCUCAUCUCAAGAUUCUGGAACUGAAGCUGGCUCCAGGAGAAGUGAAUCAGACUCCACGCUGUCUGCUUCCAUGCCUCUGGAUUAUCUUAUUUUAUCCCAAUGCGAGACCAAAUCAAUAGAUACUGCCAGAAGCAACAGUUGUUCUCCAUGUGACAAAUCGUUCGAUCAUUCCUUUGAGUUGCCGGGAUCAGAAGAUAUUCAAGAGAAUCUACAGCCCAAGAGCAGCACCCCAACACAGUUGUGCUGCAAUGUACCACUGUACAAAAACUUGCAGGAUUCACAGAUGGUCAUCCUUCCCAGCCAGGAUCACAGUGGACCUUCUUCUGCUUCUUCGUCUCCAUUGUCCGUUUAUUCAUUCUCACAGAUCUUUAACUUUGACAAAAACCACAAUACAUUACCUUUUGGGGUAACGGGGAUUCACCUUUUAUCAAACACCCCACCUCCACGGCCACCAAAGCCAAACCAGCUUACUGACCGUGAAAAGGCACACAAACUGGUUGAGAAUGGAGAUGGUGCUUAUGCUGUGAAUCCAGCUCCAAUACCCAAAAGAAUUCCUCUUUCAAGUCUGGAGAAAACAAGAUAUUGGAGAGAUGCUGAAGAGUGCAGUCUCUUUCCUUUUACUGAUUACCAAGGGAAUUGCAUAACAAUUGCAGAGGAAGCAUUUAACGGAAACCUAAAACUCUCUGGGCAGCAUUGCAGUACCAUGGACAGCACUGAAGACUGCUAUGUUCCAAUGAAUCCAGGGUCUUCUCCAAUAAUGCCUGCAGCUGAUUACACAUCAGAUGGUUACAUUCCUAUGAGUCCAGCUAGUAGUAAUUUGACCUUCCCAUCAGUCACCGUAGACAAUUUGCCAUUAUCUACAAUUCCUACAGACAUAGAACCUCCUCCAGUGAACAGGAACCUCAAACCUCGAAGCAGAAAGAUCAAGCCACCACCUUUAGAUCUGACAAGCUUGUCAACAAUCAGGGGACACUGGAACUAUCCUAGUGUCAACCGGACACGGAGUAUGCCAUUCAGAUGGAGUACAGCUAACUGCAUCACACCUGAAAGCCAAAGUUGUUCAUUCAGAAGUUUCUACAGCACGUUUGAUGGGGACAGUGAAGAAAAUUACACUGCAAUGGAACGUUCCAGCUCUGUGUAUAAUGGUAAUGGCAGCACCCAGUGGCCCCGAACAUUAAACCUUGAUUAUCUAGCCUUAGACUUCAAUGCAACAUCUCCAUCUCCUGUUCAAAAGAAGCCAUUCCUUUCAUCCAUGCUGGAAGAGCGGGUGGAUUAUGUCCAAGUAGAUGAACAGAAGACCCAGGCUCUACAGAACACUAAACAAGAAUGGACUGAUGUACGCCAAUCCUGUAACAUUUCAAAACCUUCAAAGUGAUGAAUUUUUACCACAACUAUAAACAUUACCAGCUCUGAAACUGGACCAAUAUGGUUCUAGUAAUAUCAGACUGCAGGAAUAAAUCGAUGUUUUUCUUUUUUUAUUAGGAAUUCAAAGUAGAAUGACAACAGGCAGCUUGUUCAAUGUUGAUUCGAUCGGAAAUACAAAAUCAUGAAUCAUAUUUUUAACAGUGUUGCUACGGCAUUGGUAUAUUUUGAUCAAUUUUUCAGUUUAUGUUUUCCCAGCAAUGUUUUAGAUCAGGUACUGUAUCAAAUACAGUUGAGAAGACUGCCAAAUAUUUUUUUUACUGAAAACACAUUAUGAAUAGUAAAGCCCAUAGUGCGGGACACUAUCGGGGUUUAAACAAAGAGUAAGUGAAAGGAACACAGUAAGAUUCAGAACAGUGUUUGGAUGAUACCCUACUUGAACUUUAGAAUAUCAUAAACACGAGAAGGUCUACAGAUGCUGGAUUUUAGGAGCUUGCUGGCUGUAUGGGGGAAUAAAAAUGGUGAGGAAUAGUAUAAUUUUGAACUAAAAGUAGAGUUCCAGCUUCAGUGGACUGGGAAUGUGGGAGAGCCAAAACAAGUGCAGGAUAAUGUUCUGGCACUGCCAGUGAAACAGUAUGUAAAAGCAUUAACUGUGAUCUGAAUGUUAGAUUUCUUAUCGGCAAGAUCUAACAGAAGCAGGCAUCAAUUCUUCUUGUAUUCAGAAUGGUCGGAGAACUUCUCUAUACACAAAAGCAUUACUUAAUCAAUUACAAGAUGCCUUAGCCUUGACUAAGUGAGUAUGAUGUGACAGUCAACACUUUGGAGGGUAACUUUUACCAUUCUGGUCACCAAAGACAAUAUACUACUUUACCUUGAAAAAACUAUAGAUACUGGAAAUCUGAAAUAAAAACAGAAAUGUUAAAACUAUUUAGAAAGCUGGACAACACCUGAGGAGGGUGAAACACAGCUAACGUCUCAUUGAAUCAAAGUUUGUUAACCUUGGACAUUAACUCUGCUUCUCUCUCCAUAGAUUGUGCCUGAUACUGGGUUUUUCAGAAUCUUCUGUUUUUAUACCAGUUUAGUCUCUUGGUUGGUCAAAAAACAUUUAUGUACUUGUUUUACAUGUUUUGACUUUGGUUUGUAUCUGAAGAAUAGGCAAAGGGAAACCAUUAUGAACUAAAAUUACAAAGGAUUUUGGAAAAUUGUGGUGAAGCUGCUGGGCAGUUCUAGUCCCAAUGAGAUAGUACUAAACCUUCAUAAUGUUCUAAUCAAUACCAAUUCCUGCUUCAUUCCAAGAUGACUAUUUUCCUGGAAUUAUUAAUAUAUUUAUUGCACUGUUUUAUCAGGUAAAUACAUUAUCAAGUGGGGCAGUAGAAUUUCCUCUUGGUCAAUAAAGAACAUAGAAAAUAGACUAAUAACUUACUCAGGAAUAGAGACAACAUUGUGGAUAAAGUAAAUGUAAGAAAUACACUAUGAAAAUGCAUGGUAGGUCCCCAGCCAUUAAGAGAGAAAUAUGAAUAGAUUUGGAUCAGAACCCUCAGUAAGAACAAGGAGACUACAAACAAAAUAUCAGCCUCCUUACAUUUUUUUGUCACAGCGGAGGUUGAUUACAAUUCUUCAGCAAAUGAAUUAGUAAAGAGAACAAGAGAUCUUUGAUACCCUCUCUCCCUUUUAAUCAAUUAUUUUUCUUGCCUUAGCUGUGAUGACAUAGCCUUCCUUAACAAAAUAAUAAUCUGAGGAUUGCCGUGCCCUGUUUUCCUCUUCAGCUAUUUACAUAAAACCUUUCUUCCAAAUGCAAAUUAAAGUGGUGCGAUGGAGCAAGCAUGACAGCACAACUGCCGAAAGUGAACUCUGUUAAUCCAAUGGCACCGGCAAACUGAUUUGAUAAUUUUCCUAGUCACUAUUGUUCCAUUAUUCAGCUCGACUUCUUUCUUUUUCAGCUUUCACAUUGUGCACUUAAGAAAAGAUUGCAGAUAAUAGCUAAAUUUAAUAUUUUAUCUACUGCAGCACUGAUUUAAAUGAAGGUACACUUCUAAACAGAUCACCUUAGCCAUUCUUCAUGUGCUAAGCAGAAAGUGUGGGCAUUUAAGCUAAAGAGGGUGUGAGCCCUAUUCUUUGUUUCCCUGAAGUUUUAAUGCGGAUACUACUUGCACUGGAGAGUGAUUGGGUUGACAAGGGCUUAUCUAAGCUUUUUCAUUCACACUGAUUAUUAUAUCAUAAUGCUUGCCCCAAAUAUCUCGUUUAACACAAAAGAUGAAUAAAGUUAAAGACCCAUUAGUUUUGAGGAUUCUGCGCUAUACUGGAAAGGUGAUUUUUCAUGCCAGGUGGCUGAGGAUGGAUAAUCCUUUGCAUCAGAUGGCCAGAACAGUUUUGAUAUUUUGUUAGAUAAUAUUAUGAUCACCUCAAUGCAUCACAGUCCGGAACUUUUUAUAUAACAAUUUCAUACUCUUUGAUUCAAAUGUAACUCUUGUGAUAUCUGUAAUUUCUCCAAAUAUUUCCCAUGGAGCAUCAUAGGGAGGAGGUAAUUGAAUCACAUGAAUAUAACCAGUAAGGGGACUGGACUUAUUAAAAAAUAACUCAAUGGACCUGGGUACAAAUUGUGCUUAGAUUUAAACCGAAAUUGAAUUGACUUUAUUUCUUACAUCCUUCAGAUACAUGAGGAGUAAAAAUCUUUACGUUACAUCUCCAUCUAAAUGUGCAAUAUGCAAUCAUAGUAAUUUAUAAUAAUUUAUAAUAAAUAGAACAGUCAAUGUAAUAUAGAGUGUACUCAAGUCAGCAUGAGUUUAUCAGUCUGAUGGCCUGGUAGAAGAUGCUGCCCUGGAGCCUGUUGGUCCUGGCUCUUAUGCCGCAGUACUGUUUCCCAGAUGGUAGCAGCUGGAAUAGAUUGUGGUUGGGGUGGCUUGGGUCCCCAGUGAUCCUAUGGGCCCUUUUUACACACCUGUUCUUGUAAAUGUCCUGAAUCAUGGGAAGUUCACAACUACAGAUGCACUGGGCUGUCCAAACCACUCUCUGCAGAGUCCUGCGAUUAAGGGAGGUACAGUUCCUAUACCAGGCAGUGAUACAGCCAGUCAGGAUGCUCUCAAUUGUGCCCCUGUAGAAAGUUCUUAGGAUUUGGGGGCCCAUACCAAACUUCCUCAACCGUCUGAGGUGAAAGAGGCGCUGUUGUGCCUUUUUCACCACACAGCUGAUCUGUACAGGCCACGUUGAGGUCCUUGGUGAUGUGGAUGCCGAAGAACUUGAAGCUGUUUACCCUCUCAACCCCAGAUCCAUUGAAGUCAAUAGGGGUUAGCCCAUCUCCAUUCCUCCUGUAAUCCACAACCAGCUCCUUUGUUUGUGUGACAUUGAGGGAGAGGUUGUUUUCUUGACAUUGUGUCAGAGAGAUGACUUCCCUGUAGGCCACCUCAUUAUUGUUUGAGAUAAGGUCAAACAAUAGUGUCGUCGGCAAGUUUAAUUAGCAGAUUGGAGCUGUGGGUGGUGAUACUGUCAUGGGUAUACAGGGAGUAAAGGAGGAGACUCAGUACACAGCCCUGAGGGGCUCCUGUAUUGAGAGUCAGAGGGCUGGAGGUGAAGGAGCCCACUCAUACAGCUUGCUGGUGAUCUGACAGGAAGUCUAGGAUCCAGCUGCACAAGGCUGUAUUGACUUCAGAGUUGGUGUAUUGACUUCAGAAGCCAUUUUUCUCAAUUUAUCUUCUGUCAAAUGUCAACAACACAAGCCUACUCUAUAAAUCUCCUAAUAUGUGGUAUUUUACACUAAAUUUAAUUUAUUUUUCACGCUGUGUUGUGGAGUUGCCCACUGCUGAAUUCAUUGUCAAGUGUCAUUCUCUAAUACAUGAGAAUUUGGAAGAGGUUUAACCAGUAAAUGAAUUGUGUGUGCUCAGAAAAUGUCUCCUGUCAAUUUCAAAAUCAAAAUUAAACUUUCUCUUUCAACCUGGCAACUAAGAAAGAGAAUGUAAACUGAAUAACACAUAUCACAUUUUAUUACUCUUUGCAACAACAACUAACAUAGUUAUUUAAAACAAAACAAAAACAACAGCAAGUUUUCAUUCUUUUAAGUAAGAUCCUGAAUUCUAGGUAAUUAACAAUUCAUGCCAAUACUUUCUGUUCAUUUUAGACAAUAAUAAAUAGCACACGAUCAAACUGAUAAACAAAAAUAAAGCCAAUUCUGCUGAUUUUUCAUUAAAAGAAUUUCUAACUAAAUGGCCAUUUCAGCGAUUGCUAAGAUUUCUCCAACCCUUCAGGUGAAAUUGUACAUUCAGAAAGACAUUAAUCCAUGAUUGUUGCAGUCCGUUGCAGGCUAAGAUUCAUAUUCCUAUAGCACAUAAAUUUUACAAACUGAAAAAGAUUUCUUUCCCACUUUGAUCUUGAUUAUAAGUACAUUUAAAAUUAAUAUUUCGUUAUAAAACAAGUAGACAAACCAAGUAAGUGUGCUUGUACAUGACAGGAGAUGCAAACACACAAUCCACUCAUCCCUUUACAUCCAAAGAAUUCAGACAAGUUGUAUUCAGCUGUGGUUUUUGUCUAUUGUAGACAUUUUACCUUUCACCUUCCCUCUGAAUGUUGCUAAAAUUCACAUCGGAAAACAGACAAACAGUGGCUUUUGCUGCUAUAUUGGCUAUACGUAGGUACUAAUGCAAACAUUUUAAGUUCGAGCUAAGUGAGGUUUUAUGGCCCUUUAAAUUUGGAUUGCCAUUCAGCUAGAUCACAACAGUUCACUUUUCAUCAAUUCUAUUUUUGCACCCAACUCCACAUCACCUUAAUUUCCUGAGUUGCAAAAAUCUAUUGCUCUCCAUUUUGUCUAUUUACUGAUGGUUAGCCAUCCAAGGACUCACACAGGUUAAGUGAAGAGAUCCCUGCCGAACUCAAUUCCAUAGACCUAAUCCCUGGUUCAGAGAUUAUGCCACCUUGUUCUAGAAUCUCUCACUAAGGGAAGCCUCCAUCCAAAGCAAUCCCCUUCAAAAUCUGAAAGUGAAGCUAAUCAUAUAAAAUCAUUUUGAUUGGCCAUGAGUGAUAUAAAAUCAUAGCUUUCCAUGAUGUACCGGCAAAAUAAAGUUGACAGUCAAAAAUUCUCAUUAUUUAUUCUAGUCUUACCAACAUUUCUUCCUAUCCUAUCUUUGGGGCAACAGUACUAAUGAACUUGGAGCAAGAAGGUAAAUAUGAAUGACUCACAGGUGACUUGUGAUCCAAUUAAAUGGCAAAAUGAGUUGAAGAAUUCAGUGGCCUUGACCUAUUUCUAAAUUCUGAAUAUUAAUCCGAUCCACCUCUCAGUAAAGAGACAUGGUGCAUGCUGGUAAAUUCACUUGAAUAAACUUCGUGAUGCAGGAAUUGAUCAAUCCAAAAGGCAUUUCCAUAAACAACAAAAACUCUAUGUAAUACUGGAUAUGAGCUUAACACAUGUUCACAGGCAUGGGUGAAAAUCUUUGUCCAUUGGCCACAAAGAGUUUUACUUGAGAGGAGUUGGUGAGUUUAAGGAAGAGUACGUUAAAAUGACCCCAUUCAGUUUUAGUGAAUGAUGCAACCCAAAGCAUUAAAGAAUCUGUUUCUUCUCCUUUUGCAGAAGAUGACAGACCUAGUCUGAAUUUCCAUCAGCUUUUAUAUAUAUAUUUAAGAGUCGGGCUUAACUAGAGCUGGAGAGAAGGGAAGGGAUGGUCUUCAAUCAUAAUUUAGUCAAUCUUAGUCAGCCUGACAGUUAGAAGCAUAGUUUUCAGAACAGAGCAGCAAGAAUACUUGGGAAAUUGUGUAAUGGCAUGAAUUCCAGCUUCAUAAAUGACAAUAAGUGAUGACUGCAGCUGUGAAAGAGUGGUGUAAAAUCUUAUCAAGCAUUCCCAAACGUUUUAAAAUCAACUUGCUAAGUCAACCAGAAUGCAAAUAUAAAGUUGGACUAUGGUCAGCCAUAGAAAAAGUUAUAUUAUUUGUAUUAUUCAGAAAGAAUGCUGUUAAAAAAUGGUUUUAGUGACUUUGAGCAUUCCAAUUCACUUUCUAUCUUUUUCAUGACUGGAUUGUCACAUAAGCAAAGGAAAGUCACAUUGUUUACAAAAUGACUGAUUUUAAUCCAGAACAACAGACUUCCUUGGUAUAAAGUAUGUAUAAAAUUUGUACAGUAUAUAUAUCUUGUUCUGUUUACUUUGAAAAAUAAUAAGAUCAAACGUUAUGCAAAAAAAUGAGGAAAACCAUUUGACUUUUCAUUGCUCACCUACUUAGAUGGGCCAAUUGCAUCUCAAUACAGCAUCCAAUAUCUAACAGGACUGCAAAGUUUUCAACUCCAAAUGCCAAUUCAAAACCUCAUUCCAUAUGCUAAUCACAACUGGGGUAGAACUUUAUGAUAUCAGUCCAAACUCUGCCACACUGAACUGGCGCCAUGUAUCACUUCCAAAGAAAGCAUUCCGCAAUCAACUUUUCAAAUCUAUUUAUUUAUAUUUCACUGUAAAUGCUUUACUUAAUUGGACAUAUGACUACACAUGGUUUGCAAUAAUAAAACAAAUGUUGUUUGCUGUUUUACACCUUCCUAUCAUCUUCAGUAAAGAAAGUUCUGCUUUUUGCUAGGAUGGUGAGCAACAAUUUAGUAAUUUUUCAGGUCUGAAACGUUACUGCAUUAUCAGAAGACAACUUGACCAAUCAUGAAACUUAUGGAACGUUUCAGAAUAAAAUGGAUCUGAUAGAAAUCACAGAUUAGAAGAGACAUCGUAUUGGGACAACUGCAGUAGAGUAUCAUCCUUUAUCCUUUGGUUAUAAAUGUUUGUACAUAAAACUCUGUAAAAUAUUUCUGUUAAAAUAAACAGUUUGUGUGUCAUGUUAAACAUUUCUUGUACAACAUCACUAAGUAGUCUUUUUUUCAGUCCAACUACCCAAGUAAAAUAUCAUUCCAUCGAUGGGUACAAUGCAAAGCCUGCAAGUGAG